GUUGGCAGUUCCGUAGCGUAUGGUAUAUAUACAUAUGUAUAUAUAAAUAUUGUUUAAAUCAUACAAAAACACGAAAUUAAAAAAUUUAAAGCAACAUUUUGGCUUUCAAAAAUAAUUGAAAAUGAAGUGAUUAACGCGUACGUCCACAUUUAAAUGCAAAUGCAGUUUUAAAGCGAUUUAUUUGUUCGGCUCUGACAUAUUUGUGUACAUAAACAAAUAGUUUUUUUUUUUCUAACAUACCCAUAACGAUGUCAUUAAACAACAAAAGCAAUCUGAGUGAAAAGGAAAUCGACGAUGAGGACAUGCUCUCGCCGUCCCCGACAAAAUUAUCGACAAACCUAGUUGUGCGCGUCAAUCAGGACUCGGAUGACAACUUGCAGGCCCUAUUUGACAGUGUGUUAAAUCCGGGCGAUGCAAAGCUCCCACUGCAGAUCCCAUUUCGUAUGCGCAAGCUGCCCAAUUCGUUUUUCAAUCCCCCGGCUCCGCUGCACUCGCGGGCAAACAGCGCCGACUCGACAUACGAUGGCUCCCAGACGAAUAUCAACAAGACUGGCGUCCAGUCCGAAUUGCAACAGCAACAGCAGCAGCCAUCUCUCGCCCAACAGAGUCAGCCAUCGCACAGAAGUCUAGCAAUACAUCACUUUCGUGCCAGGAGCAGCCCCGCCUCCCUCCAGCCGAACUACAAUGUGCGCACGCGGAACGCAGAGUCGAGUGCCAGCAACAAUCCAAGCAAUCAGGGCCAAUCAGGACCAGCCUAUCCCGACAACAACGUCGAAUUCAACAGCAGUCCAGCUAACAACGUGGAGGAUGUCCUUAACACCUGUAUGGGCCAGGGGCAGGAUGCCCCCUCGUUAUCCACACAGACCAUACACAAAAAGCAGCGAUCCUAUGACGUUGUCAGCCCCAUUCAGCUACAGAGUCAAUUGGGUGCCUUACCUCCGGGCUGGGAGCAAGCUAAAACUAACGAUGGUCAGAUUUACUAUUUAAACCACACCACAAAAACAACGCAAUGGGAGGAUCCAAGAAUUCAGUUUCGCCAACAACAACAACAACGAGCUAUUGUCGAUCGGAUAAAGCCAAAUGAUAUUUUACAACCAACUAAGCAAACUAGCACACCGACAAUUACUAACCUUAUUGGCCCACUACCGGAUGGUUGGGAACAAGCUGUUACCGAGUCGGGAGAUAUUUAUUUUAUAAAUCAUAUUGAUCGUACGACUUCAUGGAAUGAUCCCAGAAUACAAUCUGGACUGAGCGUGCUAGACUGCCCUGAUAAUUUAGUAUCGUCUCUUCAGAUUGGGGAUAAUAUUUGCAACAAUAUUUUUAACGAUGCCCAAACAAUCAUAAAUCCACCGUCUUCCCACAAACCGGAUGAUUUGGAAUGGUAUAAAAUAAAUUAAUAAAUGUUUAUGUGCAAAUUAUUUUAUUAGAUCUUAAAGUUUUAUAUUUUGUAUUAAUAUAAAAUAAACAUUUUUGCAUAUA